AGUGUGCUCAGGCUGGCUGGCUGCUGCACAGGCACAAUGGAGCAAAAAUCACCGAAACACGAGAGCACAGCCAAGGGGCAAGAGUCCUUGUCCUACCAGCGGAGAAUGUGGAAGAAUUUCCAGGAAAAAACCAAGCCGUGGCUGAGUCCGAAACUGGGAUCAGAGCGUCGUGGUGCCGGGGGCGCGGAGGGCAGCAAGAAGGAAUCGGGGCUGUGGAUGUUUAAGAGAAAAAAGAAACAGCUGGACCGGGUAUUUUCGUCGUCGCAGCCGAACCUAUGCUGCUCUACCCCGGCACCUUUUGAGGGAGACAAGCCUCUCGGAAGCGAUGCGGUUCCUGGGACCAGCAGCGGCGGACAGCCUCUGCUACAGCCUCUUGGCACGGCUUCUGGGGCCACGGGGAGCAAACCAGAGCUCACGGCGCGCGGAAGCCCAAAACUCCCGACGUCCCAGCUGAUGGUGUACCAGCAGAAGAGCUCCUCUCUCGGCUCAGCGUGCUUCGAGAAGCUGGUGGUGAACCCGGCCGCUGUGACGGGAGAGGAGGAGCAGCUGCGUAAAAACGCAAGUGAUUCUGGCAUCAAUAUUGUGGGGCCCAGUAAUGUAGAGCCCCCGCCUCAGCCUCCUCCUCCAGCCAUGUACCAGCUGGAUAUUGUCCUAAAGAAAGGGAAAAACCUGGCCAUCCGAGAUCGAACAGGGACCAGUGAUCCAUACGUGAAGUUUAAGAUUGCAGGGAAGGAAGUGUUUAGAAGCAAGACCAUCCAUAAGAACCUCAACCCAGUGUGGGAUGAGAGAGUUAGCCUUCUGGUGGAAACCCUGAGGGACCCACUUUAUGUCAAGGUCUUUGACUAUGACUUUGGACUUCAGGAUGAUUUCAUGGGCUCAGCAUACCUCUAUCUGGAGUCACUGGAACAUCAGAGGGCACUGGACGUGACGCUGGACCUGAAGGACCCACAGUACCCUGAACAUAACCUGGGCAGCCUGGAACUAUCCAUUACUCUGACACCAAAGGAGGGAGACGUGAGGGAUGCUACCAUGCUUUUGAGAAGGAACUGGAAACGAUCUAGUAAGUAUCAGAGUAUGCGUCUGUCAGAUGUACACCGAAAAGCCCAGUUAUGGCGAGGUAUAGUCAGCAUCAGUCUCAUAGAGGGCCGUGGCCUGCAGCCAAUGGAUGCCAAUGGUCUCAGUGACCCUUACGUCAAAUUCAGGAUGGGUCACCAAAAGUACAAGAGUAAGACAAUUUCAAAAACGCUGAACCCUCAGUGGAGAGAACAGUUUGAUUUCCACUUGUAUGAUGAGCAGGGAGGCUUUGUGGACAUUACAGUCUGGGACAAAGAUGCUGGCAAGAAGGACGACUUCAUGGGACGGUGUACCAUUGACCUGUCGCUUCUUAGUAAAGAGCAUACGCACAAAUUGGACCUGGCACUGGAAGAAGGUGAAGGUGUUCUGGUGCUGCUGGUUACACUCACUGCUUCUGCUGCUGUUUCCAUCUCAGACCUGUCAGUCAACAUGUUGGAUGACCCGCACGAGCGGCACCAGAUCAAGCAGAGAUAUAGCCUCUGGAGGUCAUUCCACAACCUGAAAGAUGUCGGCGUGGUCCAAGUUAAGGUCAUCAGGGCGGAGGGCUUAAUGGCAGCAGAUGUCACAGGUAAGAGCGACCCAUUCUGUGUAGUGGAGCUGAGUAACGAUCGGCUGCAGACUCACACCGUCUACAAAAACCUGAACCCAGAGUGGAACAAGGUCUUCACUUUUAAUGUGAAGGACAUCCACUCGGUACUUGAGGUCACCGUUUACGAUGAGGACAGAGACAGAAGUGCAGACUUCCUGGGAAAAGUGGCUAUUCCUUUACUAAAUAUCCAAAAUGGAGAAUGCAAAGCCUACGCCUUGAAAAGCAAGGAGCUGACAGGGCCAACAAAAGGGGUCAUCUUUCUCGAAAUAGACGUGAUUUUUAAUGCUGUGAAGGCUGGUCUCAGGACGCUGAUUCCUAUUGAGCAAAAGUAUAUCGAGGAGGAGCCUCGAGUGUCCAAGCAGUUGCUUUUGCGCAACUUCACCCGAGUUAGACGCUGCAUCAUGGUCCUGAUCAACACGGGCUGCUACAUAAACAGCUGCUUCGAAUGGGACUCUCCGCAGAGGAGCAUCUGUGCCUUUGUGCUUUUUGUCGUCGUCGUUUGGAACUUUGAGCUCUACAUGAUUCCUCUGGCGUUGCUUCUGCCCUUGGCCUGGAACUACAUCCUCAUUGCGUCGGGGAAGGACACCAGGCAAGAUGUGGAAGCAGUGGAGGACCUGCUGGAGGAUGAGGAUGAGGAUUUUGACAAAGAUGACAAGGUAAUUAUGUCUCGUGUCAGAGAUGCAUUCACACACACACACACACUCGCACACACACUGCCUCAGGAGGGGUUGACACUGCUUCACAGACCGGAAACACAAACAGACUAACAAAAUGACUCCAUCUUCCCCUCCCAUCUCUUCCCCCUGUUCAGAUAUUCUCACUGCCUGAGGCACAAACACAUGUUCACAGAUUGUACAACCUUUUUAACCUUUUCAAAAGUUUUCUCUUUAGGUGUGUACAUAACACAUUCCUCACCUUUUCUGCUCGGGGUUUCGCUUUGUUUUUGAUCUUUUUGACGCGCUUUGGUGCAUUAUCCCUAAAUUUCCCUUCGUAUAACAGUGUGCUAAAUUUACAGACACUGUGCUUCAGUCCUUCUUCCUGUGAACAUACACCCAUAUAAAGUGCUUAGUUAGCUAUUUAGGUCCAUUCACUGCUCCUUUAUGUCGCAGUAAAACAGCAUCUGGGCUUGUCCAGACACUAUCAGGUAACAACAGGUGGCUGCUUUACUGCCUCCGCUCGUUUGCACUGUAGGAACAGCUACUGAAACAAAUGCCACUGGAUGGGAUACAGAACCUUGUCAGUGCUCCACCUGGGAAUGGUAAUUGAAAUAGCACAGCGCUUAAUCUACCCACUGUGUUGUCUGCUUUUCUUGUGUAUCAGGUUUGAAAUGAAAGUAAUUUUCUCCUUCAGACUCUAGUGUGUUGAGGUUUCAAGCAGUGUGAAACAAGAGUGGCAUUUUAGCUUAGCUUGCACUUGGUUUUAUAGUGUGAAAAUGAAAAUGAUUUGACUUGAUGCUUGAUACUUUUCUGCCUCACACUAGAUUGUGAUGUGAUAAUAUGGAUGGUCUGGUUUGAUAAUCUUUUAAAAAAAAAUUCCAAGAAAGCUGAUGUUGGACUUGUAGGCUAAAUUUACUUAUCUAACGGCAACUUUACAACAGCCUCUGCAAAAAGGAAUGGUUAAAGAAAAAAAAAACUUUAAAAAAGAAGCAACAUUUAUCGUGUCAUUGGUCAAAUAGUCAUCCCACUAGAAAGUCAGCAAUCAAUCAGCCAGGCAGCCAGUUGAGGGAUGAGCACACAGCAAUAUGUGAGCAUUACAUCCUCUCCCACAGUGCAGAGGCAGAAGGAAGUUUCUUGGCUGUGAAGUUCCAAGGCUGAAAUGUACAGGGGGGCACUGACUGAAGAUAUGCACCAGCCAACCUUGAACCUUUUUUUCCACACUCCUUCCCUGUGUCUGUCCUCCUUAUUGCAUUUCUAACCUCCUCUCUGUGGGGUGGGAAAUAAAAAAUACAAGCAUUUGAAAAGCUGCAGAUUAUAUGAAAUACAUUUUGGACUUUCAUAUUGAAAUGAGGUGCAGAAGCAGUUUGUGCGGCCUCCGUCAGAUUUGGUGGCGAACUGAUUAUUCCAAAUAAGAAGGCCUUGCUCUGUGUUCACACAGGGCUGGGAUGCUGGAUAGCACAGCUGCCACAAAGGCUACAAUUUACCAACUCUGGCUUCAUACAUUUUGAUCUAUUGCUCCCCUCAACUGUUAGCAUUUCAUUUGAGCUGUAGGGAAGUUGAAAGGGGGGCAUUUUUCUUUUUUCUUCGCCUACAUCUCUCUCCCCUCCCACUCUCCUUCUUCCCCUUUCCACAAUCAUCCCCUUCCCUGCCUUUUUUUUCUGUUUUUUUUUUUCCUUUUGCUGUGACACACACUCUCUUCCCUUUGCUCUCCCUCCAACCUGGUUAAGUGCAGAACAAAUGGACUUUCAGGGCUUAGCAAAUUUGUCUUUCACAUUGGAUAUGAGGUCUUUUACAUUGGAUAUGAGCUGCAGCUUCAGAUCGUAUGAGUAAGUAUGAAGGACGGGUCAAAGGAGGCCUCUUUAAUGGCACAGGCCUAUAGGGGAGAGUGGGAAGAAGAGAAAGAGAGAGAGAGAGCAAAGGGAGAGGAAAAAAAGAUUAAUAAAUGUGCCAAGGCCUCAUUUUAAUUGAACUUGAAGCAUAUGUUGCAAGUAUGUACAAUCCGUCCCAGAUGUUUACUUGGGCCAUGUGCACAGCUCUUCCCAGUGCACCACAAGGCAGCUAUUAGCUGGAUAACCUUUGCUCCAGAGGGUAAAUGGGGUAUUACAUGGCCAAAAACUAGAGCACCUGUUUUUCAUUGCAUAGAGGACCCCUUGCAGGCUUUUUGCCUUGGAUUACCACAUGUGUUUUGACUUAACAGAUUGUUGGGCAGACGUGAAAAGUGUCUUUCUUGUGAGCAAGCACUGAUAUUAGUCACUUAAUCUCAAUGAAAGUCCAGCAUCUAGACUAAUUGAUGGGGACGGCUGAGUUGUUAAAGCCAAACAGCAAGCACACGAAGGGUGAAAGAAUGUUAGACAUAAACUAAUUCUUUUUGUCUUCUCCCUUCCUUCACAUUGUGUGUGUGUGUGUGUGUGUG